AUGGAGGCAGAACACAUGGAUCCCCAGGCAGAUAAUGACAAUGCGCUCCAGAAAAAACAAAAGCGUACACAUGUUGUUAUUGGAUUCAUCUUUUUGCUCAGUGGCAUUGAAUAUGCUGUGAUCCUGCCCACUGUCUGGAUGUACCUGCAAACAUUAGAUGCACAACCUUUCUUCCUGGGUCUUGUUCUGUCUGCCUUCAGUCUAACUGAAUUAUUAUCCGGUCCUGUGUUUGGUCACUGGUCAGACAGGACAGGCAAAACCAAGCAUGUCAUCUUACUGAGUAACUGCUUUGAGAUUGCAGGUAAUUUUAUGUACUUUGUUGGAAUCUCCAAGUGGUUUCUCCUGGCUAGUCGGUUGGUGGCAGGUAUUGGUGCAGGAGCUGGGGCUUCAAUAUUUGGCUAUCUGACUCGGCAUUCUAGUUCCAAAGAUCGUGUUCCAGUCUUUGCCAUGGCAAUGGCAUGCAGACAAGCUGGUCUUUUGAUAGGUCCUGCAUUUAACGUCUUCCUUAGAUAUUGCACCUUCCAGCUUGGACCAUUCCAUGUUGAUAAGUUCUCUGCUCCUGGAAUCUUCAUGUGUGUUCUAUGGGCUUUGAUACAAUUCAUGGUCAUUUUUAUGUUUUAUGACGUUCCACGGAAUGCCACACACCGUCACUAAAUGGAGAGCAUGAGCCUCUCUUGAAGGAAAGCGAUACACCAAGUCAGUUGUAUGGCGCGGUAAACUCCGAAGAGCCAUCAUCUGACCAGGAAGAUUUCCCUUCUAUUGCAAAUGCAUCCAUGUCCUCCUGUCCAACAGCAAAUGAUCAUCUUCACAAAAAGAACAAUGAACUAGAUCAAAGUUUUCACAACGUGAAGCCAGUGAUUGGGCUGCUGCGGGAGGAAAUUGUGGUGCUUCUGACAGCUCAGUUUGUGACAUUCUUUAAUCAGACAGCAUUAGAGACACUGGUCACACCACUUGCACAGACCUAUCUCGCGUUCCAGGAUCUGGAGAAUUCACUUCUAUAUUUCCUUUGUGGAAUUGAGAUGCUGAUUGGAUUCCUUGUUGUACGAACCCUCAGCCGUUGCUGUACAGAUCGUCUCCUCCUGGCUUUUGGUCUCGUCAUCUGUAACAUCUCCUGCAUUUGGUGCCUCAUAUUCUUGGCAAAACCCAAAGGGAGCUAUGGAUUUCUGCUGGCAGAGUUCAUCAUUGGGGUUUUCCUACAAGUUCUUGGACUGCCCUUUGUAUCAGUAUCCCAGGUGUCUCUGUUCUCCAAAAUGACAGCUGAGAAGACACAAGGGUUUAACCACGGGAUUCGUCGUUCAGUUGGAGGUAUAGCUACAAUUCUGGGGCCACUGUGGGCAGCAGGCUUAACUGAAAAUCUAUACAUAAUGUUGGGAGUCAUGAUGGGUCUGCUCCUUCUGAUCACAAUAUUGUUCAGCUUGUCAUACAAGUACCUUGUGGAACCUGCCCCACCGUUGACUGAAACUUCAUGA